AUGUGGGCCAUGUUAUUAGUGUAUCCACUGACGCUUCUGACGUUUCCGUGUUUCGUUCACAGCUCGCCAACUGAUCUUCCUAUUUCUUCUGGAGUAACCCUGCAGCCUAUUGGAUUAUCUAGUCGCAUAAUUAAUGGAACAAAAGCCGUUUUAAGGCAAUUUCCCCAUCAGGUGUCUUUAAUGCGCAGUUGGAAUAAAAAACAUUUUUGCGGUGGGAAUGUGAUUAGCACUUCUUUAGUCUUAACUGCUGGUCACUGCGUGUACAAGUCUAGAAAUGUUACACCACCAUGGACAAUUAUUGUGGUUGGAGGAGUGAUAAAUCUGUACGAAGCUUCGACGCGACAAGAGAAAGGCGUAGAGAAUAUCAGAAUUCAUCCAAAGUUCAAUCUUGAAAAUUUGUACAAUGACGUUGCCGUUUUGAAACUAUCGACACCCUUUAUGUUUACUCCGGAAGUUCGUAGUAUACCCUUGUCAGGCAACCCACCGGUACCUAAUACUAUUUGCCAAGUAGCUGGUUGGGGUUACACGGUAGCCGGCAUCCGGAGACCGUCAUCCGAUUUGAUGUACGUCGAUCUACCAGUUCGAAGCGAAAAAGAAUGUCGCAAACUGCUCAAAAACGUAACGGAUUUACCACCGGGAAUGAUUUGCGCUGGUUAUUUAGAGGGCGGAAGGGACGCUUGCCAAGGUGAUUCUGGCGGUGGAAUGGUCUGUAAUGGUAUUCUGACCGGUAUCGUUUCCGGUGGUCAAGGGUGUGCUCAGCCACUGUUGCCUGGGGUAUACGCAGAUGUUUUUCAUUAUUUGGACUGGAUAUUAAAUGACACAGACGUAGUGACGGUAGUGCGGAAUAACAAUAGUAGAAAUUACGGCGCAGUUAACACGUCAAGAAUUACGAUCGUGGUAGUUUCCUUUCUCUUUUGCACUGUGUUAUCAGUUACAUCUAGACCUUGA